AGUUGGUAUUUUGUGAGGAGCCAGUUACUUAGUAUCCAGGCAACUCUGGCACCUGCAGAGACAGAGAGCACCCGAGGUGUCACCAUCCCCCCAUCAUCUACUUACCUGACUACUACUCCUCUGCAACCUACAGACAGAGCACGAGAAACAACCUGAAGCCUCAGAGAUAAGAAUGUCCAUCAGUAUCGGAGAUCCGGAUGAUACCGAACGUUGUUACUUGUUCUCCAGACAAGUGAAAUUUAAAGCAAAGGAGACGUUGGCCGCGGAGAGAAGCGACAAUUUUAUCAUUCCGAAGCCAAUUCCAGAGCAUAACAUCUGGAAGAAGAAGCCUCCAGACUUCAGCGUCAGGCUGUACAGGUCUCUGACCUUACCUAGGAGGACAGAGGAAAAUAAUGUGAAGGAGAGGAAGGACCUACAUCGGGUUCUUAAGAGAAAUGAGAUUGAGGUGAUUAGAGAGGCCCCGCCCCCGUGUCUGACAAAAUCUAAGGAACCCGAGAGAUUUCUUACGAGAUUCAAGCCGAUGGAACCAUUUGAAGCCAACAUAUUAUAUGUUAAAAAUGGCGUCUACCCAAAAGAUAAAUACAAGGACCAAAAACCACACGACUUCAGACAGUACCAGACGGACCUGCCGGAUAUUAUUACAAGUUAUUCCCGGGAUCCAUUCAAUCUAAAAUUCAAAGCCCAAGUUCUGAGUUCUUCGUGUGAACUUCCACCCAUCGAAGCCAAGAAGAGGCAAGCGAAGGUGAAACGCUUCAUCUUACAUAAGCCUACCGAUCCUCAGUGGGAUUCAGGACUUGUGUUACCCAGAAGCCCCUGGCCCCGCAAGUCUGCAUCAUACACUAGGCACAGAAGACGACGUGGUGUAUACACUGCAUUCAUGGAUCGGGUGGAAGAAAAAUUCACUGCCAGCAAUCAAAAUGCAAUUGAACGCUAAAACGUCUGAAGAAAAGGUUAAAUCUCCGGUGAAGUACUACACGUUGUGGACUAAGUGGACGUCUUCAAUAAGGCAGCAUUCAUGUACAAAUUGUUGUAUGAAGCCGAAAUUCAGCUUCUGGACGCAAAUUUGCAACUUUCAGAGUUAAAGGGGCAUUCCCAUCUUAGACAAUGGGGGCAUAUCGCUGGGACCCCCAUCUCUAUCGAGAAAGGAGCGGGGGUCCGUCCACUAGU